UGCCAAUCUCCAGUGGAAAAUAAAGGAAAAUGUGUGGAUAUCAGCUUGAAUUCCUGCACUGAUGUGUCUUAUUCAAGAACAAUGUUUCCUAAUUUGCUGGAUCAACAAUCCAGAGGAGUUGUUGAAUAUAGCUCUGAAUAUAUAUUGAUGAGUGUGCUCCAUAACUUGCUGCAGGGAGAAUGCAAUCCUGACUUGAGACUUCUGAGCUGCUCUAUCAUGGCUCCAAAAUGUGAAGAGGGAAAAAUAAUUAAGCCUUGUCGUAAUGUCUGUGAAGCCCUGAGAAAAAGUUGCCUUCCUGCCUUUGAUGCAAUUGAUAUGGCUUGGCCAUACUUCUUGGACUGUGAUCGAUUCUUUGUUGAUGAGGUAGAAGGAUGCUUUGAUCCAUUAGCAAAGCUACGAGGUGAGACAGAGUUUGCAGACGAUGCACUCAAUGAGGCAUCAACAUUCAUUCAGUUCACCCACCACUCAUUCCCCCAAAUGGUAAAAGUACUGAAACAGACUGUAUCCAGGUGUUCCCAUAUUUCCAAGAUGUACAGCAUUGGUCGCAGCUUUGAAGGAAAAGACCUCUUUGUGAUUGAAUUUUCUACAAGCCCUGGACAACAUGAAUUGCUUAAGCCAGAAUUCAAGUAUAUUGGCAACAUGCAUGGAAAUGAAGUUGUGGGUAAAGAAUUACUGAUCUAUCUUGCCCAGUAUCUGUGUUCGGAAUAUCUCCUUGGGAACUCCAGAAUCCAAACACUGAUCAACAAUACACGAAUUCACCUUUUCCCUUCCAUGAAUCCAGAUGGGUAUGAACUUGCAGCAGAAGAGGGGGCUGGCUACAACGGAUGGACCAAUGGGAGGCAAACAGCUCAGAAUCUUGAUCUUAACAGGAACUUCCCGGAUUUGACAUCUGAAGUUUACAGAAUAGCAAGGAUCAGAGGGGCACGUACUGACCACCUCCCAAUUCCACAGUCUUACUGGUGGGGCAAGGUAGCCCCAGAGACAAAAGCUGUUAUGAAGUGGAUCAAGUCCAUCCCAUUUGUACUAUCUGCCAGUCUCCAUGGGGGUGAUUUGGUGGUUUCUUAUCCCUAUGAUUAUUCAGUACAUCCACUGGAAGAAAAAAUGUUAUCCCCUACUCCUGAUGAGAAGAUGUUCAAGCUGCUGUCUAAAGCUUAUGCAAAUGCACAUCCUGGCAUCUCAGACAAAUCAGAAAUGCGUUGUGGUGGAAAUUUUGUGAAACGAGGAGGCAUCAUAAAUGGUGCUGAGUGGUACAGCUUUACUGGAGGAAUGGCAGAUUUUAAUUACCUUCAUACUAACUGUUUUGAAAUUACCCUGGAACUUGGAUGUGAGAAGUUUCCUCUGGAUGAUGAACUUUAUUCACUUUGGCAUCAAAACAAAGAAGCCCUUCUGAAGUUCAUGGAAAUGGUUCAUCGUGGAAUAAAAGGAGUUGUAUCAGACAAAUUUGGAAACCCAAUAAAGAAUGCCCGAAUUUCAGUCAAAGGCAUCCGUCAUGAUAUUCUUACAGCUGCUGAUGGAGACUAUUGGAGACUCUUGCCUCCUGGAAAAUACCUUGUCAGUGCUCAGGCCCGUGGUUAUAGUAAAGUCCUGAAGAAGGUGACUUUGCCUGCCAAGAUGAACAAGGCUGGACGAGUGGACUUUGUCUUGAGGGCCCUCAAUGGUAAAUCCCCUCAAAUUGUCCAUGACUCUGCAGGAAAAGCAAAUGAACAGUAUGACCCACUAGAGCAUUUUGACCCUCAUGCUCAACAUGAAACAAGAGGAGAUGGAAGGCGAUCUGUCCAGCCAAGGCAGAAGCCCUGGUGGUGGUCUUAUUUCAGUUCUCUAAAUCAACAGAAGCCUUUGUGGCUGCUUAAGUACCAAUAAACUAUGUUACAUUGCACUCUUCAUCUGAUCACACUAGCAGUUAAUUGCAUUUCCCAAACUCCUUCAGAUGUUUGUAGAUGUAUUUGAAUAUGAUUCAUUGACGAAUAUACCAUUGUCUUGCUUUUGUUUUUCUGUGUUUUACUUCUCUGCAUUAAAAAAUGCAUAUUAAAAUUA